GUUACCGUACUAUCCUAUAAAAAGAUAUCAAUAACCACAAUGGCUACUGUUAAGGAGAAGAUUCAGUCGUUGGGUCCCAAUGAUAAAUUUAUUUCCUUUGAGUUCUUUCCUCCCAAGACCGAUUCUGGAUUGAGGAAUUUGUUAGCUAGAUUGAAUCGUAUGCUGGCUCUCAAUCCUCUUUUUGUUACUGUUACAUGGGGAGCUGGAGGAUCUACUAGUGUUAAAUCAUUAGAUUUAGCUGCUACAUUCCAAAAUGAUUUGGGAUUGACUACUGUAUUACAUUUAACUUGUACUAAUACUAAUAAAGAAAUCAUAGAUGAAGCGUUAAAGAAAGCUAAAGAAAAUGGUAUAAGAAAUAUAUUAGCAUUAAGAGGUGAUCCACCACGAGCUGAAGAAUAUUGGACUCCUAAUUGUGACUUUAAUGGGGCUGUUGACUUAGUCAAAUAUAUUAAACAAGAAUAUGGUGACUAUUUUUGUGUUGGAGUAGCAGGAUAUCCUGAAGGUCAUGUUGACGGUUCAGAUACUUCAUUCCAAGAUCCUAAUAAAGAUAUACCUUAUUUAAUUGAAAAAAUUGAAGCUGGUGCCGAUUUUAUCAUAACUCAAUUGUUUUAUGAUUCCGAGAAAUUUAUUGCUUAUGAACAAUUAUUAGCAUCUUAUCCUCAAUUAAAGAAUAUUACCUUAAUUCCAGGUUUAAUGCCUAUCACUACAUAUAAAGUAUUUACUAGAGCUAGUAAAUUAUCUCAUGCAACUAUUCCUCCAGAAAUAUUUGAAAAACUUCAAAAUUCAAUUAAUGAUGAUGAUGCUGUAAAAAAUUUAGGGGUAGAUAUUUUAACUGAUAUAAUUGAUAAUAUUAAUACUAAAACUAAUGGUCGAAUUAAGGGGUAUCACUUUUAUUCUUUGAAUUUAGAGAAAGCUGUGGCCUCAAUUAUUGAUAAAUCUAAAGUAUUACGUCCAAUAAUGGAAUUACCUACUAAUAAUAUUACAAGAGAUGAUGCUAUCUUAUCAGAUUCAGAUGAUGAUAUUGAGAAUGAUCGAGUAAUUCCAAAGAUUACUAAAAGAAGAAGAUCUUCAAUUCUUAAUGAGAAUGGAUUGGCUGAACCAUCAUCUGCUCAAAAGGCAAUUAUAGGUAAAAGUCUUAUUAAUGAUAAAAAGGUAUUAUUAGAUAUUAGUACCGGUAAGGGAGCUUUAGGUAAAGAUGCUACUUGGGAUGAUUUCCCAAAUGGUAGAUUUGGUGAUUCCAAUUCUCCUGCUUAUGGUGAAAUUGAUGGUUAUGGUCCAAAUUUAAAGAUUCAUUCACAUGAAGAAGCAUCUAUUAAAUGGGGUACUCCAGAAACAACAACUGAACUUUCUAAAGUGUUUGUAGAUUAUUUAUCAGGUAGAAUUGAUGUUAUACCUUGGGCUGAUAACUCGUUAUCACCAGAAACUGCUUUAAUUCAAGAAGAAUUAUUUGAAUUAAAUAAUAAAGGAUGGUUCUCUCUGGCAUCUCAACCAGCAGUAAAUGGAUGUAAAUCAUCUGAUAAUAUAUUUGGUUGGGGUCCAAGUAAUGGAAUAAUAUAUCAAAAGGCAUUUGUUGAACUCUUUAUUCCAAGAGAGCAAUGGGAACAAGUUGUUCAUCCUAAAUUAAAGAAUCAUUUUGAUGAAAGGAUAAUCACAUAUUAUCAAGGAGAUCGUCAUGGAAAUAUUUCAUCUAACCUUGAAUUAAAUCAUAAUACUAAGAAUGCUAUAACAUGGGGAGUAUUCCCUCAUAAGGAAGUCUUACAACCUACCAUCAUUGAUUAUGAAUCAUUCAAAGCCUGGAAUGAGGAAGCAUUCCAUUUAUGGUUAGAAUGGGCUAGAUGUUAUAAAAAGAAUUCUAAAUCAUAUGAGUUAUUAAACAAUAUCUACGAGAAUUAUGUAUUGGUAAGUUUUAUUCAUCAUGAUUUUACUGAUGAAAGUGCUCUUUGGAAUAUCCUUUUAGAUGAAUAACUAUGGAUUCGAUGGAAGCUUUAAAUUUAACAUAAAACAUCAAAAGUUCCCGUCAAUUAAAUUAAGUAAUAUACAUACAUACACAUAUAUAUACAGUUAACUA